UGUGUGCUAAUAAUUCAGUACACAUAGUCAAUAGUCUAGAUCCAAGAUGUCUCGUGUUAUUUUUUUAAGUUGUAUUUUUUUGUUUAGUUUUAAUUUUAUAAAAUGUGAUUCCCCGACUGUAACUUUGCCCCAAGGCGAAUUGGUUGGAAAAGCUUUGACGAACGAAAAUGGAAAAGAGUAUUUUAGCUACACAGGUGUACCUUAUGCUAAACCUCCUGUUGGAGAACUUAGAUUUAAGCCUCCACAGAAAGCUGAGCCAUGGCAAGGUGUUUUCAACGCCACAUUAUACGGAAAUGUGUGUAAAUCUUUAAAUUUCUUCUUGAAGAAAAUUGAAGGAGACGAAGACUGCUUGGUAGUAAACGUGUACGCACCAAAAACAACUUCUGAUAAAAAACUUCCAGUAUUUUUCUGGGUUCAUGGUGGUGGUUUUGUGACUGGAUCCGGAAAUUUAGAAUUCCAAAGCCCAGAUUAUUUAGUAGAUUUUGAUGUUAUUUUCGUAACUUUCAAUUACCGAUUGGGACCUCUCGGAUUUCUGAAUUUGGAGUUGGAGGGUGCUCCAGGAAAUGUAGGAUUAUUGGAUCAGGUGGCAGCUCUGAAAUGGACCAAAGAAAACAUUGAGAAAUUUGGUGGAGAUCCAGAAAAUAUUACAAUUGGUGGUGUUUCUGCUGGUGGAGCAAGUGUUCAUUAUCUUUUGUUAUCUCAUACAACCACUGGACUUUACAAAAGGGCAAUUGCUCAAAGUGGAAGUGCUUUUAAUCCAUGGGCCUUCCAGAGACAUCCAGUAAAGCGUAGUCUUCAACUUGCUGAGAUAUUGGGUCAUCCCACAAACAAUACUCAAGAUGCUUUAGAAUUCUUACAAAAAGCCCCCGUAGACAGUCUCCUGAAGAAAAUGCCAGCUGAAACAGAAGGUGAAAUAAUAGAAGAGUUUGUCUUCGUACCAUCAAUUGAAAAAGUUUUCCCAUCCCACCAACCUUUCUUGGAAGAAUCACCAUUGGCCAGAAUGAAAUCCGGAUCCUUUAACAAAGUACCUUUAUUAGUUGGAUUUAACAGUGCAGAAGGACUUUUGUUCAAAUUCUUCAUGAAAGAAAAACCAGAGAUGCUGAACCAAGCUGAAGCAGAUUUUGAAAGACUCGUACCAGCCGAAUUUGAAUUAGUCCAUGGAUCAGAGGAAUCGAAAAAACUUGCAGAAAAAAUCAGGAAGUUUUACUUUGACGAUAAACCCGUUCCAGAAAAUGAACAGAAAUUUAUUGACUUGAUAGGAGAUAUUUGGUUUACUAGAGGUGUUGACAAGCAUGUCAAGUUGUCUGUGGAGAAACAAGACGAACCAGUUUAUUAUUAUGAAUAUUCCUUCUCGGAAAGUCAUCCUGCAAAAGGAACAUUUGGUGAUCAUAAUCUGACUGGUGCAUGCCAUGGAGAAGAACUUGUGAAUUUAUUCAAAGUCGAGAUGAUGAAGCUGGAAAAAGAUAAACCUAAUGUUCUAUUAACAAAAGAUAGAGUACUUGCCAUGUGGACUAACUUCAUCAAAAAUGGAAAUCCUACUCCUGAAGUAACAGAAUUAUUGCCAGUUAAAUGGGAACCUGCCACAAAAGACAAGUUGAAUUAUUUGAACAUUGAUGCCACCUUAACUUUGGGAACAAAUCCUGAGGCAAACCGAGUCAAAUUUUGGGAAGACGCCACAAAAUCUUUGCACGAAAAUUUCAACAAAGUUCCUCUGUUGACCGGAUUCAACAACGGCGAAGGAAUCAUGUUUUUCAUGUACAUAAACUUCAACCCUGAUUUACUUGAAGAAUUUGAAGCUGAUUUCCAACAAUUUAUACCACACGACUUAAACAUUGAGUUACAUACAACAGAAGCCCAAAAUCAUUCUGAUCAAAUGAGAGACUUUUACUUCCAAAACAAAACUGUUCCAGAAGAUCUCCACGGUUUUGUAGAUAUUAUGGGUGAUAACUGGAUUUUAAGAGGUGUAGAUAAACAUGUUAAGUUGACUUUGGAAAAUUCUACUGAACCAGUUUAUUAUUUUGAAUAUUAUUUUGCUGUUGCUCCACCGACUUAUGGAAUUUAUGGUGAUUUUAAUCAAACUAGAGCCGCUCAUGGUGACGAGUUGGCAAAUUUUUUGAGUGGAACUUGGAUGGAUUUGGCGACUGAUAUUCCAAGUGUCGUUUUGAAUCAACAAAGAGUUUUGGAAAUGUGGACCAACUUUAUUAAAUUUGGUGAUCCAACUCCCGAAGUUACGGAUAUUUUACCAGUAAAAUGGUUACCAGCCACAAGUGAAUCUUUGAACUAUUUGUCGAUAAAUGAAACAUUUUCUAUGGGUGUUUAUCCUGAACAAGAACGAAUGGAAUUUUGGGAAAAUGUUGAGCCACCACAAAAACUUGAUCCUUGGAAUGGUGUUUUUGACGCCACUCAGUAUGGAAAUAAUUGUGCUGCUGGGAAAUGGUUUUUGAAAUCAGCUGGGGGUUGCGAAGAUUGCCUUUACUUAAAUAUCUAUGUCCCACAAAACACUUCAGAAAAUCCUUUGCCAGUAAUGUUUUGGAUUCAUGGAGGAGCAUUUGUGGUCGGAUCAGGAAAUUCUGAUAUACAUGGUCCUGAUUAUUUAAUAGAAUAUGAUAUUAUCUUAGUAACUAUUAAUUAUCGUCUAGGACCACUUGGUUUUCUUAAUUUGGAAAUCGAAGAUGCGCCUGGGAAUGUUGGAUUGAUGGAUCAAGUUGCAGCCCUAAAAUGGGUAAAUGAAAAUAUUGCAACCUUUAGUGGAGACCCAAAAAAUAUUACAAUUUGUGGAGCAACUGCUGGAGCUGCAAGUGUACAUUAUCACAUUUUGUCACAACUUACCAAAGGUUUAUUCCACAAGGCUAUAGCACAAAGUGGAAGUGCUUUUAAUCCCUGGGCUUUCCAAAAAAAUCCUGUUAAGAAUGCACUUCGACUAUGCAAAACCUUAGGCCUUACCACAAACAACCCUCAAGAAGCCUUGGAUUUUUUGAAAAACCUACCAGUAGAAACAUUGUUAAAUACCAAAUUACCCCAAGAAAUUGAUGGUCAACUGCUGGAUGACUUCGUGUUUGUACCUUCGAUUGAAAAAACAUUUCCAGAACAAGAUUCGUACUUAACUGACUUGCCAAUAUCAAUAAUAAAUUCAGGAAAAUUCCACAAAGUUCCAUUGUUGACAGGUUACAACAGUGCCGAAGGCAAUCUAUUUUUCAUGUACUUAAAAACAGAUCCAGAUUUAUUAAAUAAAUUUGAAGCUGAUUUUGAAAGAUUUAUACCAACUGACUUAGAAUUACCUUUGCGAUCACAAAAAUCUAUUGCACUGGGUGAAGCAAUCAGGGAAUUUUAUUUCCAAAACAAAACCAUAUCAGAAAAUAUGCAGAAUUUUGUAGAUGUUUUAAGUGAUAAUUGGUUUACACGUGGAAUUGAUGAGCAAGUAAAGUUAACUGUUAAAAAUCAGGAAGAACCAGUUUUUUAUUAUGUUUAUAAUUUUGAUGAAAAUUCUCCAAGUCGGAAAGUUUUUGGUGAUUUUGGAAUAAAAGGCGGUGGUCAUGCUGAUGAAUUGGGUAAUAUAUUUAAAGCCAAAAGUGCAAAUUUUGGGAAGGAAACACCAAAUGCUGUGUUGGUUCAGAGAAGGAUGCUGGAGAUGUGGACUAAUUUUACCAAAUUUGGAAAUCCUACACCUACUAUUACGGAUACACUUCCAAUAAAAUGGGAACCUGCAUCCAAAGAAAAAAUGAAUUUUCUUCUAAUUGACACCGAUUUAAAUCUGAGUACUGACCCACUAAAAAGUCGUAUGCAAUUUUGGAAAAAAAUAAAAUAAUUAAAUUACUUAUACCAACAAUAAUUUACAUAACAAUAGUAUAGGAAUAUUAAUAAUCAUUCACAAUUCUUUGUUGCCUUUUUAGUAAAUUUAAUUCCUUACAAAACCAACGUCUACUAAUAAAAAAGUAUUUGUUUGGAAUUUGAAUUUUUUGAAAAUUUAAUCAUAUCUAAAUGUUUGAUUGACUUGUAAAUUAAUUAUAAUAUUAUGUAAAGUGUAAUUUUAUAAUUAUUACAUUUUUUUAAUAUUGGUUUAUUUAUUGCUAAAAUUAUUUAUAUUAACUAAUUCAAUAAUAAUGAAUAUAUGCAUUUUGUGGUCUAA